GUGUAUAUAAAGUGGUAAUAACCAAUAGAAUGGACUGCUGCUCUUCAAAGUUGGCUAAUGCCGAAGUACAUAUUGGUGACAGUGAAACUGUAGAUGACAACAAACUGUGUGGAGCGCGCCUAACAAAACGAGAUGUUUUAGAUCAGGAAACUGUCGAGGUCGUCUGCAACUGUCCCAAUGCAGUGAUGGGACGUUACGUCAGUAUACAGUUAAAAGAAGUGGUCCAGGUAUUAUCGCUGUGUGAGGUGGAGGUGUACGUUUUAUUAUAAAACUAAUCAUGAUCAUUCGUUGGUACUGUCUAUUCCAAAAAAGCCAAAAAUUGUUAAAAAUUUUACAGUUUUGAAUUAAAUAAACUAAGCUUCUGGGACGAAAAUUUAGUUAUUAAUGUGCCCUGACACG